AGGGAUAUGACAUCCCACUGCCAAAGAUUUCUUGUUAUAACUCAUCUCAGAGUACCAUUUUACUUACCAUUACUUUUCUCUGAUCAUACAAGUCAUGGGUUUUCGCUUGCCUGGGAUUGUUAAUGCUAAGCAAAUCCUGCAGCAAGUGCGCAAGGGUGCAGAGGCCAAAAAUGUACCAAAAGGCUAUUUUUCUGUUUAUGUGGGCGAAGUCCAGAAGAAGCGAUUUGUGGUUCCAAUCUCAUACUUGAAGAACCCUUCAUUCCAGAACUUGUUGAGCCAGGCUGAAGAAGAGUUCGGGUUUGAUCAUCCAAUGGGUGGUCUCACAAUCCCCUGCACAGAAGAAGCCUUUAUUGAUCUUACUAGCAGUUGGAACUGCUCAUGAGAGGGGAAGAAGUUAUGCAAAUGGCUAGUCAGUAGGACAUGUAAUUUCUAACGCCAUUGACUUGUAAUCCAGUCUCUCCAAUUUUGAAUUAGGAGAACUGGGUUGUUUCAUUUCCUCACAUUGUAAAUUGUUCUAUACAGUUUUCUGUAUAGAAAGUUGAGAGUCAAAUUUCUCCAUACAAAACAUUUAAACAGAAUCUCUUGGUUUUCUUCUUUCUCAUUGAUUUUGUUUCCCCUGGUCUUCUUACAUAAGUAGUCACCGAGUAUAUGCACAUGAAAUUUGAGAAGAGUAACAAAAAAAUCCCAGAAGUUUAGGCCUGCUUGAUGGAUUUUAGCUCCGUCACUGCAGAUACUGAUGUGCAUAUGCCUGUCAUAAAUAUUUGGGCAGAAUAUGUUCAUUUUCCACUUAUGUCAACCAAAAUCUAAAUCUUCAGUCCCGGAUUUGCUUUUCAAUUACCAUGGUCAGUGAAUAAACCAACUGUGGGCAUCGGGAUCUUGUUUCUUCCUUUCUUUUUAUCAUCAAUCUUCUCGCUUUCCCCAUUCCUUGUAGCUAUUAAAGCUAGAGGCUUAGCUUACUCUAUUCAAGACUACAUUUGGAAACUACUUACAGAUCAACCAGGCAUUAUGGGGUUAGGCCUGUUUUUCUUCCUACGUCUGUUCAGCAUCAUUGUAUAGAAAGGCAACAAAAAUUAGGGAAAAGUAGCAAGCUGCCAGAUUGUCAUUUCAUUGUGAUAAUAUAAUCCAUUUGACUUUCAUCCAGGUAUUAAAAUUGGUCCAACUGCGAGUGGAACUAGUAGGAAACAUUUCAUGUGCUCUUCACAAGGGUCUGUUGCAAGCUGGUGUACUAAAGCAGCUCAGUGCCAGUGAUUUUUGUUGAUGAUAUGUUGU